AUGGGACCUGGGUUUGUGGUUCCUUCUGAUCUUCGGCAUCAGGGAGCUACCCAAAACUCUUUUUCUCCUCUAUUGGGCCUGGGUAGCGAGGAGGGUCUCUGUUUUGGAGAGAGAGAUGACUCCACAGUGGUUUCAGGUGAGAAGGGAGAAAAAUGGUGCAAUCCUAUUGUUGAGCCAGUGUCGCCAAGCCAUUUGGAUGGAGUUGAGAGGUUACAGGGAGGGCCUGAGCAUUUUUUGAUCCAGUGGAAGCACAGUGAAGUUAAUCCUAGUCAUUUAUUUCAUGGAAAGGACGAGAAUGGUUCUUUGGAGUGCUCACCUUUAUCUAAAUGGGAUCCCAAUGAUCAUAAGGAGUUGGAGGUGAUCCAGGAAGGUGGUGAGGGAGAAGUUCUUGGGUCAGCGGUGAAAAAUUCAAAAUGGGUUUGUAGCCUGAUGAAAAAUUUCUAUAGAAUUGUGGGUUUUCCUAUUGUUAAGCAUGAAUAUCAAUGUUUGACUCUGUUUUGUCUUCUUAAACAAGACUGUGUUGAUGUUGUUAGUGUUGGGUCUUCUAAAGUCAAUACAGCAGGGGGGGUGUUACUGGUUUGGGACAAGAGAGUUUUUGAAAAAGUUGAUUGUUCUGUUGGUCUAUUUUCUGUUAAUGUGUUACUGAAGGGGGUUGUAGAUGAUUUUGUAUGGGCUUGCUCAGAAGUGUAUGGGCCUAAUGAGGAUAAUCAGCAGGGUGCUAUGUGGGAAGAACUUUCAAGAAUGCACUCCAAGUGGAAUACAGCUUGGUGUGUAUUUGGGGAUUUCAAUACCAUUCGAUAUCCGAGUGAGAGAUUUGGUUGUGAGGCUUUUAGUCCAACUAUGUUUGCUUUUUCAGACUUCAUUGAGGCUAAUUACCUUGUGGACUUACCCCUUGAAGGGGCUUCUUUUACUUGGUUUAGAGAUUUGGGGUUAGUUUGUAUAUCAAGAAUUGAUAGAACCUUGGCAUCGGUGGAUUGGGUAGAUCACUUUGGUAACGUGUCUCAAAGGGUACUUCCUCGUGUAGUUUCUGAUCAUUGCCCUCUUUUGGUGGUGCCAGGUAGUGUCAAUAAAGGUCGGAGUGCCUUUAAGUUUGAGAAUAUGUGGUUGAAAGAAAAGAAUUUUGUAGAGAGGGUUCAUCAUUGGUGGAAUGGAUAUUACUUUUUAGGUUCUCCUAGCUUUAUUCUGGCUCAUAAAUUAAAAGCUCUAAAAGAGGACUUGAAAAAGUGGAAUAAGGAGCAAUAUGGGGAUCUGGCCUUUAGGAAGAAAUGUAUUUUAUUUGAAUUGCUGGGUUUGGAUGCUAGGGAGGACUUGUCUGGGCUUUCUCAGGAAGAUCAAACUCGUCAUAUUCAGAUUAAAGGUGAGAUUGCUCAUCUUGCCUCUUUGGAGAAGAUUUCUUGGAAACAAAAGUCCCGGAUUUUAUUUGUGAAGGAAGGGGACAAUAAUACUCGCUUCUUUCAUCGGGUUGCAAACUUCCAUAGAAGAACUAAUCAUAUUUGGGGUAUUGAGGUGGAUGGUGUCCUCUAUGAGGAUAAGGAAGAGGUGUGGUCUAAGGUGGUCAAUUUUUAUCAGAGGUUGUACACUGAGUCAGAUACUUGGCGCCCUUCUAUGAAUGGUUUAGAGUUUGCUAGAAUUGAGGAGGAUGAGUGGAUUGAAUUAGAGAGGGAUUUUUCUAAGGAGGAAGUGGUAAAGAGGAUGGGAUUUGGGGAUAGAUGGAGGAGAUGGCUUAAGACUUGUGUCUCUACCGUUCGCUUCUCAGUUUUGGUUAAUGGAUCUCCUGUUGGUUUCUUUGGUAGCUCUAGAGAUCUCAGACAAGGCGAUCCUUUGUCUCCCCUUCUCUUUUUGUUGAUCAUGGUGGUUUUAAGUCAUAUCCUGAAGAAAACUGAGGAAGGAGGUUUCAUUCAAGGUUUUCAUGUGGGUCUUGUUAAUUCUACUGGUAUUCGUGUUUCUCAUCUUCUAUUUGCUGAUGAUACCAUUCUUUUCUGUGAUGCCUUUAGAGAGAAGAUUCUUUCUAUUAGGCUAGUUUUGACUUGUUUUCAAGCUUUUAUUGGUUUGAAGGUGAAUGUAGGGAAAAGUGAAAUUGUCCCUAUUAGGGAGGUGCGUAAUAUUCAGCCUUUGGCUAAUAUCCUUCAGUGCAGGGUGGGUAGUUUGCCUAUGCUUUACUUGGGUAUGCCAUUGGGUACUUUGUACAAAACAACUUCUAUUUGGAAUCCGAUCCUUGAGAGAAAGGAAAAGAAGCUUUCAGGCUGGACGGCUUUAUUUGUUAAAGGGUGGUAG